AUACACGGAAGCAGUAGUGUGAUGCACUCACUGAAAGACUAACACUGCAGAGGGAUACACAAGCUUACGAGCGAUUGCAGUCAUGAAGGUGUUUGUGGUGCUAGCUGUUGCAGUGCUUUCUGGAUGCCAUGCCAACCUUUUCUAUGCUGAUGCACCCAAACCUCAGCUUGAGGUGCUUACUGAUGCUUUCUGGGACUACAUUGCCAAGGCCACACAGACAGCUGAUGACACCCUCGAUAUGAUCAAGACAUCCCCAAUUGGACAGGAAAUCAAUGCCCGUCUGACAGAAAGCGCUGAUGUAGCCAGUAGGUACGCCGUCGCCCUGCAAGAGCAGUUGUCCCCCGCAGCCCAAGACAUGAUGAACAGGAUUACCAAGGAGGCGGACGUGCUGAAGAAUGUGCUGACCCAGGAGCUCAGCUCUGUCAGAGGAAAGCUGGAGCCCUACACUGACAACAUGAGGGCCCAGAUCCAGCAGAGAGUGGAGAAACUCAAACAGGACCUGUCCCCUUAUGCCGAUUCCGAGGCCCUGAGAGCCACUUUGCUGCAGAAGAGCGAGGAGCUGAAGACCAACCUGGAGCAGAGUGUGAAGGAUCUGCAGGCCCAGCUGGGACCGUACACCGAUGACCUAAAGCAGAAGGUGGACCAGCACCUGCAGAAAUUCCAAAAAAGCGUGGCCCCCAUGACCGAGAAGGUUCAGCUGGAGCUGAGUCAGCGAGCAAAUCUGGUAAAGCAGAUGGUGGCCCCCUAUGCUGAAGACCUCAGGGAAAAGCUGGACCCGUAUGCACAGGACCUCCAAGCCCAGCUCAUGUCUCUCUACCAGUCAUAUGUCAAUGCAAACUAAACUGUUUCUCCAUCCUCUGAGGAAGAUCCUGGCCUUGUUGGUUGAUACAAAAUACUGAAUAGUUUAGAUUUCUUGGUGUGCUAUAAUUUCAAUUACGCCGUGUGAACAUUCACCACAAAUAUUUAUUGCUUAAAAGAUACAAUCCUCUGCACUUGUCAAACAUGUAAAUAUUGUUUUUACUAAAAAGUUCAAAACUGUGACUUUUUUGUAAUUUGUAUAACUUAUUUGAAAUAAAGCGAUAAAUAUAAAAAACUA